AUGAUAAUAUUAAAAAUUAACCAUGCCGACAAGGUGUUCAUUAAUUGGCCCCAUUGGCGUGAGGAUGUCAGUUAUUUUGAUACUGAUGAUGAUAAUGAUGAUGCCGAUUGUGACGAAGGAAGUAAUGUGUAUGAAGAGAUUGAGACCGUUGUUGUAACAUCCAGUGAAGAAGACGUUUAUGACGAAAUCUAUUCUGAUGGAAGAGAAGCCGACAGGGGUGACAAUGAGAUGCAUUACGUCACAUCUUCCAAUGAUGAUGACAAUACUGAGGUUGUUGAUUCUCCUGGUCCUGAUUGA